CAGCUCCAGUGGUCUCGUUGUCCGUUCGGCCGCCCAUCACCAUCCUCAUCUCAAGCUCCAUGUGCGUCGCGCCAGCAAGUCCAAGUAGCCGACCCUGACGAACAAUCCCGAUUCCUUCCAUCGUUAUUCGGAAGAAAGACACUCACUGUAUGCCAAGUCUUAUCGUCUUUCAUGAUCACCGAAAAGCACCAUCGCGCAAACGAUUUCGAGCCCAGCAUGAUUUCCGACAACGAUCUCUACCGCCUUGCGAUUUUCCUUGGCUCUGCGGCCAUGGUUUUGAUUAUCUUCUACCACUAUGUAGAAGUCAACACGGAAGGGGAAAAGCCUGAGAAGGCAGUGCGACCCGCGAAGUCUGCCAAAGCAGUGUCCUAG